UGUAAUAUGUAACUUGCUUUUUUUCCCCUUCCUGUUACUGAAAAAAGUAUGACAGCAUUGUGUAAACCUUCCCCAAAUGCUUCUCCAUUCUGUAGUUAAAAAGAUAAAAUGUUAUUCUGGCAAAAGUUAAAUUACAGAAAUUGGGGCCAAAUUGGCACUGUGUUCUUACUUAAAGUUUUAAAAAAAAUCAUUUGGGAGAAUAAGAAAUUACAUAGAUACAUUCUCCCUAUGAAGAAACACUCGUUAUUGGGCUCUGCCAACAAAAAUACAUAUUUGCCAAAGAGUGACUAGUAAUAAUCUGACCCUUCAUGUUAUAAGAAUCUGGACAAAAUCAUCCUCUCCUCAAGGGAUACUGCUGGCUAAGUCUCAGCCUUACCUCUUCCCACUCUUGCUCAGUGGAGCACUGCCCCGUCCAGAACUCCAGGACAGUAGUUUCCUUCUGGUCCAAGGGAAGAAGAAAAUACCCAGAGCUGUAGCCUCACAUCAUCUGGACCUGAUUCUGCUAAUACCAGUGUAAAUCAGGAGAAACUGCACUGAGAGUGAAAUGAGUAGAUGUUAACCACGUGAACACAUCUUCUGACGUGUAUGUUUAUCAUAAUGGGCAACACUAAGUCCAAAAGAAAUCCUCCCCCUCUACCAAAUAACACAGAAAAGGAUACCAAUGUGAGUGCAGGCGAGAGACACUUCAAGCAAAAUCAUGAAUUGUGUGGCCUGUCUCUUGACAUAGAAGGGAUCUCUACAAAUGUUCCAGAAAUUCUCAGCAGUGAUGAGGAUCCUGAGGAUGUGUUUUACAAGUUUGUGAUUCUGCAUGCUCAGAAUGAUGCAGAUGAAGCCAGCCGACUCCGGCAUCUGCUACAAAAUAAUUUUUGUAUUAAACCUGGAAUAAUCUUUGCUGAAAUGCCUAGUGGUAGACAUUUCUUACAAAACUUAAAUGAUGCUGUGAAUAGGUCAGCAUGGACUAUUAUUCUGUUGACAGAACAUUUCUUGAAUGAGGCUUGGUGUGAGUUUCAGUCUUAUGCCUCCCUGAUGAACGCUCUUAACAAACAGCAUAAAUAUAACUCUGUCAUACCACUGAGGCCACUGAAUAAUCCACUUCCAAGAGAAAAGACUCCUUGUGUCCUGCAAGCCAUUAAUGCACUGGAAGAAGAUAGUCCUGGCUUUGCUAAACAAGUGGAGAAGAUUUUCCAGGAGUCUAAAUAUAGGCAACAGCAAGCAAUGUGGAAGAAAGAAAGAAUAAAUGAGACACACUAGAGCUAUUGGAAUGAUGAAAGACAUGCAUAAAGACAGUUAAAUCGACAAUUAAAUUGAAGGAGGUAAAUUAGUUUACUCAUUUUACUUACUCAUCUCAAGUACGAGGGAAACACCUUCUUUUGAGAAACUAACCCACAGAAAAGAUGGUGGAAAGAGUUUCCCAUAAAGACAUUGUUUUUAUUCGCAAAAAGAAAAGGAGUACUUGUGGCACCUUAGAGACUAACCAAUUUAUUUGAGCAUAAGCUCAAAUUUAAGCAUCCGAUGAAGUGAGCUUUAGCUCACGAAAGCUUAUGCUCAAAUAAAUUGGUUAGUCUCUAAGGUGCCACAAGUACUCCUUUUCUUUUUGCGAAUGCAGACUAACACAGCUGCUACUGUGAAAGCUGUCAUUGUUUUUAUUACUUAACAUCUGUAUGUUUUCAGCAGUAUUAUCAAGAUGUGGCCAAUCAUCACCUUGACCCCUUUAUUUAUGAUAUGCCACUUCCCCUACCCGUAUCUAUUUGGCUUCUCUUUAUAUUGUACGCUCUACUGGGCAGAUACCGUGUCUUCCUUUAAGUUUGUACAGCUCCUCACAUGUUGUUGUAGCUGCUACUGGAAACAAAUAAUAAAUAGGGUAGUACUAACAGUGGCUGCUACUGAGAGCCAACAAAAGUGGCACAGGAUGACAUCCUGUAAGGAAGCUAUUCUAUUAAUAACAGUCUUUAGAUCAGAAAUAUAAAUAUAUUAAAAAUACUUACGAGUGUUACAAAACCAGGGAAAUACAUUCGGCGCCCUACAAAAUAUAUGCUGCUAUUUUAAGAAAUAAGAAUCUCAAAAUAUGUGUGCACUACUUUUGUCAUGUUUGCAAUUGUUAAAAAGCAUAUAUUUUCUAAUUAUGCAUCUUGACCAAAUGGGUAGGUGCAUUUUACAAAUUAAAAUAAACAAACACUCUCAGUUUC